GCAGAAACAUAAUGUUGCUAAAUAUGAUCGUAUAUGUACAUAGGAAAUUAGCUAAUCGAGCAGAUCAGAGCAGACGCCGGAAAAAAAAAAACUAAAAAUAAGUGCACAAAAUCAGAAGAAGAAUUAGAAAAAAGAAAGAAAAUUCUGAAAUGGUGCCACCAAGACUAAUGUAGCGUCUGUGUGUCUGACUGACUAAUUCCAACCCCGCCCGCCUCUCCAUUCCACUAGUAGUAUCAAAGGACAGAGUUAUGAAUGGAUAAAGUGAAGAACUUUCCAUUUGCUCGCCCCAGCUUCUUCUUCCUCUCUCUGUUAUUUUGUGCGUGGCUCGGUUACCCCCUCUCUCUCUCUGUGCGACUCUUUGUUUGAAUGUGUUUAUGUCCUUCGAAAUCUUAUUGUAUUAGAUUGGAGUUUUCAAAGGAGCCUGGCUAAUUUUCGCCACAUAUGUCGCCCCUCAUUUCUGUUUAGAGACCGAAAUUUAUUAGAAUAAUGGCUUCCAGAGCACUCUUGCGGAGGAAGAGAUCCCUCUUUAGUUCCCUUAAUCAACCAACAUGCUUGAUUCCUAGUUUUUCCAGUUUCAAGCAUGGGCAGCUAUCCCAACCAAGUUUCUCGGAAGGAUCAAGAUGGGUUGACUGCCAUCCAUCUGGAGAUACUGAUUGUAGAUUUUCAUCCUCAGUUGUCAGGGAUGGAAAUUUAGGUCUUUUAGCAGCAGAUUUUCUUAGGCACAACUCUUUUGGAAUCUCGACUUUAGCUCGUCAAAUUGGAAGUCCAGGUUUUGAUUCUUCUUCUUUGGGAAUUAGGUGGUUUUCACACUCUGUUCGGUUUUCAUCCACUGCCACAGCUGGUCAACCUGAAUUUCGCAGUGGUAAUGACAGAAAUGAAAAGCAGGCUACUAAGAAGAUGAAGGAAGCUUCAGCGGAAGAGUGUGAUGAAGCUGUUGAAGAUUUGACUGAGGUUAAAGCCAAGGCAAAGGCUAAGCAGGUGCAAGAAUCACAAAAAAGUUCUAAAUCAGUUAUCCAGAGAAUGUGGGCUGUGCUUCUGGGUAUUGGCCCUGCUUUGAGAGCUAUUGCUUCAAUGAGCAGGGAAGACUGGGCUAAGAAGCUGCGUCAUUGGAAGGAUGAGUUUAAGUCUACGAUGCAACACUAUUGGUUGGGUACAAAGCUACUAUGGGCUGAUGUUAGAAUAAGCUCGAGGUUACUGGUGAAACUUGCCAGCGGGAAGGGUCUUUCUAGAAGGGAAAGGCAACAGCUCAUGCGUACCACUGCUGAUAUUUUUAGGCUAGUUCCUUUUGCAGUUUUUAUCAUAGUUCCAUUCAUGGAGUUCCUACUUCCUGUAUUUCUUAAAUUAUUUCCAAACAUGUUGCCAUCAACCUUCCAGGACAGAAUGAAAGAACAGGAGGCACUGAAAAGGAAGCUAAAUGCCAGAAUAGAAUAUGCCAAGUUUCUACAAGACACUGUUAAAGAAAUGGCAAAAGAAAUCCAGAACUCACGAAGUGGAGAAACUAAGCAAACGGCUGAAGAUCUUGAUGAAUUCAUGAACAAGGUUAGAACAGGUGCACGCGUUGCCAAUGAAGAAAUUUUAGGCUUUGCCAAGUUAUUCAACGAUGAGCUUACUUUGGAUAACAUCAGCAGGCCUCGACUUGUAAACAUGUGCAAGUAUAUGGGUAUAAGUCCAUAUGGAACAGAUGCAUAUUUGCGUUAUAUGCUUCGGAGAAGACUGCAAGAGAUUAAAAAUGAUGAUAAGAUGAUUCAAGCUGAGGGUGUUGAGUCGCUUUCAGAAACUGAGCUUCGUCAAGCUUGUAGAGAACGAGGCUUGCUUGGAUUACUUUCAGUUGAGGAAAUGCGGCUACAGCUGCGUGAUUGGCUGGAUUUGUCCCUGAACCAUUCUGUUCCAUCAUCUCUGUUGAUUCUGUCUAGAGCCUUCUCUGUUUCUGGAAAAGUUAAGCCAGAGGAAGCUGUUCAGGCUACACUUUCAUCUCUUCCCGAUGAAGUUGUGGAUACUGUUGGAGUUACAGCCUUGCCAUCUGAAGACUCAGUUUCAGAAAGGAGAAGAAAGUUGGAGUUCUUAGAAAUGCAGGAAGAGCUAAUCAAGGAGGAGGAAGAGGAAGAAGAGGAGAAGCAGGCCAAGAUGAAGGAAUCUGUUGGUAGCCAAAAGGAUGUUGCUUUGGAAGAGAUGACCAUUCCAACAGCUAGAGAAGCACAAGAACAGGCAAGAGCAAAAACAUUGGAGAAACAUGAACAACUUUGUGAGCUCAGUCGUGCUUUAGCUGUUUUAGCUUCCGCAUCUUCAGUAAGUAGAGAGCGUGAAGAAUUCCUGAAACUUGUUAAGAAGGAGAUAGACCUGUACAACAAUAUGGUGGACAAAGAAGGUACAGAAAAUGAGGAAGAAGCUAAGAAGGCAUACAGAGCUGCCAGAGAGGAAAGUGACCAAGCUGCUGAAACUGCCAUGGGUAACAAGGUUUCGUCAGCACUGAUUGAAAGAGUUGAUGCUAUGCUCCAAAAGCUUGAAAAAGAAAUUGAUGAUGUGGAUGCCAAAAUUGGAGAUCGAUGGCGCUUGCUUGAUAGGGAUUAUGAUGGCAAAGUGACCCCUGAGGAGGUUGCAUCUGCUGCUAUGUACCUCAAGGACCACUUGGACAAGGAAGGUAUCCAAGAACUUAUAAGUAACCUUGCCAAAGAUAGAGAAGGAAAAAUUCUUGUGGAAGAUAUUGUGAAAUUGGGCAGUCAAAUGGAAGAAGAAGAUGAUGCAGCUGAGGAAGGAAAAGCAUAGAGGAGGAUAGCAGCUGAAAGAGUUGGUUAUCUGGACACUGAUAGAACUGGGAAGACACCUUGGAGGGAGAAGAAAAGGCCAAAAAAAGAAAAGAAGAGGAAAAAGAUUCUAUGGUUGCUGAAUGUGAAUUUAGCAUCUGUGAAAGAAAAUGAAACAUGAAUACACACAGAAAACUAGAUAGGUGUUAUUAGGAUUAUAUAUAUAAGUCGCAGGAAUGUAAUAAAUUAUUCUUGGUACAGGAUAAAGCUUAUAAAAGAGGAGAUGUCAAAAGGUUUAAACCGUUGACGUCCGGCAGCAUGGCUGAGGAUUAGUAUGAAUAACUUGUACUGACAUUGUGAAGAAAGGUGUCAAAUGACUGUUAAUAUGGCAGAGGGAAAUACAAAUGCUAAUAGGGUCCAAA